ACAACAAAAAGGGCAACGGAAGAAUCGUCGCCUCCCGGCCCUUUUCCGAGUACCAUGGCCUCAACACCACCACGAGGCAAUAGUUUUGACCCUAAGGACAACCACUCCUCACGAAUGCCGCCCUUGCGCAGUCUUUCUUUUGCGUCCUCCCUUGUUGGCUCCCUUCAGCCUCAUGUAGAAGAAGGUUGUUCUUCUGCAAAAACUUCAGGAAGUCACAACAGUCCUUUAUCUCCGCGUCCAGCACGACGUCCAUCUGGACGUCCUCCAUCUCUUUCGUCCUCGAUUGACGAUCUAGAUCAGAUAGAUUUGGAAGUUCUCACAUCCACGCUUUCCCCAACGGCCCAUGCUCUUCCGCGCAACUCAACUCUUCGCAUGAAGCGAUUCGACAGUGCCUUGGCCACGCCCUAUGGUCCCGAGCUACCCAUGAACCUUGCAAGGGCCCCUUACUCGGACAGAAUGAGCUACAACUACACCUUCAUCCCCUCCAUAGGGCAAACUUGGCGUAAACUCGCCCAAGAACUCAAAUCGCGGUUGCACAUUCCGUACCUCCCCUGGUGGGGUUUGAGAGGCCGGGACUACUUCGUUCAUGAAGUGUGGCACGACGCCAUGGCCGGCUUGACCUGCGCUUUGCUUGCAAUUCCGGAGUCCCUCUCCUACAUGAUCUUGGCCUCCCUCGCCCCCGUGGUAGGUCUUCACACUGCGGCCAUUCCCCCCUUUGCCUACGCUUUACUGGGUACGAGCCCCCACACGUCCGUGGGACCUAUCUCCCUGGUGUCGCUCUACCUCCCAUCUGUCUUCGUGGCCCUGGGCUUGAAAAUCGACGAUUACUCGGCAGCGGCACACAAAGCGCGGCAAGAAGCGGGCUCGGUGGUGGCGAUUUAUGUGUGUUGUUUGUUUGGGGUCAUGUCUCUUUUGCGGCUGGGGGGGCUGAUCCGCUUUCUCUCCCACACGGUCAUGACGGGGUUCAUCUGUGCCUCGGGCGUGUACGUCUCCAUCAAAGAGCUUCGGCAUAUCCUGCACGUGCCCCCGCCCAAGGAGGCCUUCCAAUACAACUACCAGGUCCUGGUCUGGAUCGUCCGAAGCUUCCCCCGGGCAGAUCCACGGACCUUGGCCUUGGGUGGCGUGUCACUUUUAAGCCUAUUGACGAUCAAAUUCCUCAAACGCCGAUUUCCUGCCACGCCCGAACGCCUGCGUUCGCGGGCCUUCAAUUGCUGGUACUACUUGUCCUCCUUCUCGACCCCUAUCGUCAUCUUCAUCGGGACCUUGAUCUCCAAAUCCUUGGCCGAGCACGGGCAAGCCGUUCCAGUCUUGGGCAGUUUCCCGUCAGGCCUUGUCAUUCCCUCUUUUCCCCCGGUGGCCCGUUUCCCCCCCAGCGAUUUGAUCAAACAAGCCUUGCCCAUCGCACUCCUGGCCUACGUGGAAGCCGUCUCCAUCGCCAAGAGAUAUUCCGCCCUGUUUGGCUACAAAUUGGACUUGAACCAGGACAUGGCUAGUUAUUCCCUUGCCAACCUUUUGUCGGCUUUGUGGGGAGGCGUGACGCCCUCGGGGUCCUUUGCCCGAACGGCCUUGCAGGCCGAAGUGGGUUCCCGGUCCAGUUGGGCCAAUAUCUUCACGGGGACCUUCGUGAUUGUUUGCUUGUACCAAACGCACAUAUUGCACGACGUGCCAUAUUGCGUGUUGGGUGCGCUGGUCGUCUCCGCCAUGGUGAACCUGAUCAAUUUCCGGGAAUUUUACCAUGCCCUGCGGAUCGCACGCAUGUCGGGCCUGGUCAUGGUCUUCACAUUUCUCGUGACGCUGUUGUGGAGCGUCGAGCACGGCUUGUUCUACGGCAUUGUCGCCUCGCUGGCUUUGCUCCUGAGUCAGCUGUCGGACGUGGACGCAGUCAUCCUGGGCGAAGAACCCCCUCGGGUGGACGCCAGCGGGAAGCGCGUCGCCGCCCACUACCCGCACUUGGUCUCCCUCCGAGACAACCCCCGGGCCCUGCCCUGCAAUGGGGGCCAUGGCAUUAUCGUCCUCCGUCCCGUGGCCAGUCUUUUUUUUGGGAACGCCGAGCUUUUGGUGUCGAUGAUGGAGAAGCUUCUGGAAAACGAAAAGGGCGAUGCCCGGAGCCGCGUCGCGGGGACGCCCCCCGCCACGGCCGAAGCGCUGGAACAAGAAUCUCCGAGUCAAGGGCCCUCCCGAGAAGAAGAUACGUGCAUCCCCAAACCCCAGCAUCAGUCCCAAGACGAACUCGAAGCUCAAACCAAAAGCAAUGGCACCACGGGCGGUGCGCCUCCCGCCUUGGAAAACUCCGUUUCCUCCUUCUCGACGUAAGCGGCAUCCGCCUGCUGGACCUGCCUGCCCUGGCUGCCUUGGGGGAGAUCGUGGACGUCGCCGCCGCCGCGGGCGUCGCCGUCAUUCUCUCCAAUGCUACCCGGAACAUGAAGCGCUCCCUGAAAGCUUGCGGUCUCUGGGAGCCGGUUGGUGGUCCGUUGGUCAUGCACAGCACCGAGGAAGUCUUCGCCCUCCUCUGUGAGGCGCCCAUGCUGGUGCCCAAAUAUUCGCAGGAAGCUUCCUCCUUCCAGCUCUCAGGAAACCGGGGUAUGGAAGCGGAAGGCGCAGGAACGACCGGCUUGGAGGCGCUGGGGGAGGUCACGGUGGAGGGAAGGGAAAGGAAGGGGAAAGGAAGGGGGAAGGAUUCCAAAUAGGGAAAUGGACGG